AUGGGGAUAAAAGGACUUUGGGCGGAGGUACGGCCUGUCUGUCGUCAAUCCCACUUGUCUAGUUUCCGCGGCCAGCGGGUGGCUGUGGACAUGUAUGUAUGGCUUCACCGCGGUAUUCUAGGCAGUGUGCAGUUAAGCAGCGAUGCCGAUGUGGAGGCGUUUAUGGAAUCCACCGCCGAUUUAACAGGCACCACCGCUGGUGUAGAAAGUCUUGUUCAACUCAACACGAGAUUACUACAAUUUGUCGUGAGUCGCGUGGAACUCUUAUUAAGAUGUGGAAUUCAUCCUGUUCUUGUUUUUGAUGGAGCUCCUAUUCCUAUUAAACGCGAAACGGAGAAUGAACGUCAAAUGAAUCGAGCUGCACGGUUAGCAGAGGCUGUGCAAGUAUUAAAAGAUGGACCCGCAUCGAAUCCCCGAGCCCGACAAGAAGCCGCACAAUUAUUAGAAAAAGGAAUGGAUAUUACGACAGAAUUAGCCCAUGCGGUAAUUCAAGUAUUACAGGAACGUCGACUAGAGUGUAUAGUAGCCCCAUAUGAAGCGGAUGCUCAGUUAGCGUAUUUAUGUAAAGAGGGAUAUGUACAAGCUGUGAUAUCAGAGGAUAGUGAUCUUAUUGCCUAUGAGUGUCCAUGUUUAAUCGCCAAACUAGAUUUUCAUGGUAAUUGUGAAGUUUUAUCUUCACAGGAUGUACCACGAUGCCCAAGUUUUCAAGGGUUAUCAUAUAAAUAUUUUUUAGUGGGUUGUAUUCUCAGUGGAUGUGAUUAUUUACCCAAUUUACGUCAUAUUGGUGUAAAGAAGGCAUUUCGAUUGGUCGCUCAAGCCACUUCCAUCUCUAGUAUAAUGGAUACACUGAGUGUAAAGUUUGGAUUCCCAAAAGAUGAGUUAGUGAAGUAUGAAUCUAAACUACAACAGGCAUUUUACUGCUUUGCCCAUCACUUGGUAUUUGAUCCCAUUCGAAAGGAAGUUGUGCACUUCACGCCAUUACCAGAACGUGUUCCCUUUAAAGCCACACUUCUUGGGGAUUUAUUAACAAGAGAAAUGGCACAAAAGAUUUGUGGGGAAUGUUUAUAUGAUCCCGUCACUCGAACACUUUACCGCGGUUGUUAUCAAUACUGCGUACGGGAGUAUUGGAAACAAACACGGGGAGGACAAACCGCAUUAAAUACAUUUAACGGUUUUCAAGGGAUUCAAUCCCCGCGGGUAACGAUAACGUUAGGCUCAAACAACUCCGAUCGCACGGGUGAGCAGCACACAUCCCCAACAACCACAACCACAACACUCUUCUCAUCUCCACUGCAGAAGGUGGGAAUAGCGUCUGGGUUCUGCGCGGUUGGAAUGCGUGGAUCAACGGCAGUAGUGCGUUCAAAGUAUUUUACAAAAGGAAGAUGGAAAGUGGAAGAUUGGGAGGAUGAGACGAGCAGCCCCAGUAGUCCUACCCAAAGAACUACUACUACUACUACUACUACUACUACUACUACUACUACUACUACUAAUAACAACGAGUAUAAUAAUAAUAAUAAUGGUGAUGAAAAGAGUAAUCGUUAUAUUAGCAGUAAUGAACAAACUCAGAAUAGCAACACAAUGGAAGAUACAGUUUCUAAUAGGACGAAUAAGGAUAAUAGAUUAUCUCCUUCAUAUACUCCUACUGAAAGUUUUCCUAUACCAACAGAUUUGGUGUUAUCUUCUCUACAAACAAGUCCUCCAAUGAUGAAUGCCAUGCAAAAGAAGAGAAUAGAGACGAAUGAAGACUACUCCUAUGAUCCACCGGAUGCAUUAUCAUUAAUUUUACCUUCUCUCUCAAAAUUACCUCAAAUAACGACAGAGGAUCCCUCACGUGUAGGAGUUACGAGUAAUAAAACUCUAAACACAAAAGAUACAAAGGGUUCUCUUCAUAUCUGUAAACAAUGUGAUCAACGCCACUCUAUUUUUGAGGCUUGCUCUAUGAGGAAAAAAGGGUUUGAUUAUAUUAUGCAGGAUAAAGAGGAAAAUACGGUUAAUAAUAAUAAUAAUAAUAAUAAUAAUAAUAAUAAUAAUAAUAAUAAUAAUAAUAAUAAUAAUAAUAAUAAUAAUAAUAAUAAUAAUAAUAAUAGUAGUGAAAAUAAUGUUUCUCAAUUUUCUGUUGAUGGGAAGUUUCCUACCAAACGAGAAAGAGAGAUCAUAGUAAACCCUAAUAGGUUUCAACCAGUAUUUAGACCUCCCGCCUCUACAGAAAAAGGGACAAAUAAGGAAGAAAUAACUUCCUCUAUUGGGAAGAGAAAGAUGGGUUCGACUAGUUUGGCUUUGCGGAAGUAUAAUCAAGCACCUUCUGCGGCUGUAGAUGUGGAUGAUCUUAUUAAUGGUGAUGAAUUCAAAGAUAAUUCCAUUGCGGCUUCACAAGUUAAGGAUUCCACUGAAAGAACUGGAUUAGCUGCCAAACUAUUUGAGAGGUUGGCAUUUACAAAACAAUAG